AUGCCUGUGCACGAGUUCCUCUACUUCUCAUCCCCGGACACAUGCAACUGGCUCGAUGUAUUCUCUAGGAACAAGUCAUUCAUUGACCCACGGACCGACGAAGUCCACCAAACCGCCUGGACCAGAUAUUACGCCCGCUGGAACUCCAUGCUCGCCUGUAGUCGCCUAGAAAAGCUGGGUCGACGCCAGCAUAAGGCUUUCGUUCAAAAUUGGGUACACUACCGAUAUGGCGAUAUUGAAACUGAGGACGUGGACUCCGACUACUCCGACUUGGAGGAAUUGAGGAAAUUCUGUAGUCGUUUACAGCAUCCUGUUCAGCUGGAGCACGUUCCUCCCUUUCCUAAACAUAGGGUUUGCGAUGAUACUCUUUCUGGGGCAUACAUGCAGAUCUGCAGGCAGGAUGGAUACAAUGAGCUGGUUGAACGGUCAUCACAUGAAAUUUCUGACGGCGAGCCUUGCCAGCCGUCCUCUGAUGCAACCACCAUUGUGGUAUCGUCUCUGUCGCGCACAGCAACUAUAAGCGCCAAUGAAGAGGUGAACAUUGGAAAGCUGAUCGCGAGCAAAUUCCGAGACGCUGUUGUGCAUGGACAGGAGGCUUACCGAUCACUUCGGGAUAGGGCGAGGGGUUAG